CCCUCCCUGUCACAUUCCCUGGGGUCCCACUAACCCCCCUCUGCUGUGCCCACAGCUGGGGACACAACCCCCCUCCCACUAUGGAGCUGAACCAGACGUCCCCACCUCUCUCAUCUUCCCUGAUGGACACUGAAGGAGAUGAUUCCUGUGGGAUCAAUGUCACUGAUGUGGCCGUAAAUGGUGUCACUCUGCUCAUCUGCCUCUGUGGGCUGGCUGGGAACGGGGCUGUGCUCUGGCUUCUGGGAUUCCACAUCCGCAGGAACCCCAUCACUGUCUACAUCCUCAACCUGGCCGUCGCCGACUUCACCUUCCUCCUCUUCAUGGUCCCCUCCUCCCUGCUCUACCUGCUGGACGACGUGUCCUGCUCCACUGUCGUGUCCCUGAAGUACCUGAGGUCCCUUCUCCUGCUGUCGCUGCUCUCCUACAACAUGGGGCUGUACCUGCUGACGGCCAUCAGCAUCGAGAGGUGUGGCUCAAUUCUCUUCCCCCUCUGGUACCGCUGCCGCCGUCCCCGGCGCCUCUCGUGGGUGGUGUGUGCCCUGCUCUGGGCCCUCUCCAUCGCUGUCAUGGUCAUGGUGACCUCCCUGUGCCUGUCACACGAGCACGAGCACUGCCGGGUGGCUCUCAUCUCCAUGUACGCCCUCAGCUUCCUCAUCUUUGCUCCACCCAUGGUCAUCUCCAACGUGAUCCUCUUCAUCAAGGUCCAGUGUGGCUCCAAGAGACGCCAGCCUAAGAGGCUCUACGUCGUUAUCUUCCUCACUGUGCUCUUCUUCCUCAUCUUUGGAGUGCCCCUCAGCCUCUCCAAUUUCCUGCAGCAGCUCAGCCCCAGCGUCGUGUCCUCCCAGGUGGUUUUCCUGCUCGCCUGCAUCAACAGCAGCAUCAACCCCUUCAUCUACUUCUUGGUGGGGAGCUGCUGGAGGCACUGCUCCGUGGUGUCCCUCCAAGUCGCCUUCCGGAGGGUCUUUGAGGAGACAGGGACCACCACAGUGUCCAGCUGAGAGGCCACUGUGGUGCCACCAGCCAUGCUGCCCACGCUGGCUUCAUGCUCAUCUGCCCACCCUCGCUCCCAGCCAGGCCUCCAGGUCAUCUUCCUGCAGCUGUGAGUCAGGAUGCAUCCCACAGCUUUUCCAUCCCUUUUCCCAUCCCACUGAUCCACGUUGUUGUGUCUAUUCCUACCCUUAUCCCUAUCCCUAUCGCUAUGCCUGUCCCUGUCUCUAUCCCUUUCGCUAUGCCUGUCCCUAUCCCUACCCCUGUUCCUGUCCCUAUCCCUAUCCCUGUUCCUGUCCCUAUCCCUAUCCCUGUCCCUGUCCCUCUCCCUAUCCCUGUCCAUGUCCUUCUCCCUGUCCCUAUUCCUGUCACUAUCAUUGCAUCCCCAUCCUAUCUGCAUUCCCACCCCAGUCCUAUCCCCAAACCAUGCUCAUCUCGGCUCCCCUUCCCUGUUGCUCCCCUUCCCUGUACCUAUCCCUUGCCGUGCCGCGCUAUCCCGCGGGUUUCCCAGCUGGCGUCCUCUCCGAGCCCGAUCCGUCGGGCUCUGCUGCCCUCCUGUGGUAAUAUUUGGGAUUGCCGGCAUCCGGACCCUUCCCCAUCCCCUCUGAGAUCCCAGAUCCCCUCCUAGGGCCGCCUUCCCCCCUGACAGCCCCGCUCCUCCCGGGAUCCCCGGCUGUGUGUCCACUCCUGGCCAUUCCACGCUCCUCUGGCCCAAUAAACGCAGAUGGAUCCAUCCCGCUGUCGCCUCUGGUCCCUCUCCUGGGAGGCUGGGGGGCGGGACACGGCGGGUGAAGCUCUGGAGGGGAAUGUCCCAGAGAAACACUCCCCAAAAACAGUGUGAAGAAGCUUGGGCUGAGCAGCCCGUGGGGAGGGGCUGGAGCCUGAGGCCCGGGGCUGGGAGGGAUGGGAAGGACGGGAGGUGGGUG